AUGGGGAACAACAGCUACCAACUCAUAGAAGAAUGUGAAGCCACAAACAAGACGCUGUAUAAUUUUUACGCUGCUGUCAUGAUUAUGAUUUUUAUCUUGGCUCUUCCUCUCAAUGCAUCCGUCCUCCAUCUCUUCAUAUUCAAACUCAAGUUCUGGAAAUCCAACUCCAACAAUAUCUUCCUGUUCAACCUGGUGCUGGCAGACAUCCUCCUGCUCUUCUGUCUGCCUAUAAAAGCUUACAACUACAUCCAAGGAGAGAGACGGAGCUCCAACGACGUGGUGUGCAAGGCGAUGCUCUUCAUGCUGUUUUUGAACCGAGGGGCCAGCAUCGCCUUCCUGACCGUCACCUCCAUAGAUCGGUAUUUCAACGUGGUGCAUCCCGGUCGGAAGAAUCUCUUAAAAGCCAUCAAGAAAUCUCCUCAGAUCUCGAUCAUCAUAUGGCUGCUUCUCCUGCCCCUCACCAUCCCCACCAUGCUGCAGAACUUUGACUGCUGCAACAGCCACAAGAGUGAUGAUGAUAAAAAGGACGAUGCAUUGAUCAAGGACGUGGUGGACAGUUUGCGAGAAGCCGUCUUCUUCACCCAGAUCCUCAUCCCCUUCGUCAUCCUGGUCUACUGCACGGUGCGAAUCGUCAACCGGCUGAGGAAGAAGACGGUCGGCAAUCGGACCAAGCUGAAGAGGGCCGUGUUUCUGGUCACCGCCGUCAUGGUGGUCUUCUCCUUCUGCUUCCUGCCUUGCACCAUAGCCAGGAUGAUUCUUCUGAUCGUAAGGGUCAAAGAGAUGGACGAGGUCUACCAAGAUAAAGCCGCCGUGGCUUUCGACGGCCUCAUGGUCCUCUCCUACAUCGACUGUCUAGUGGAUCCAUUGGUCUACUGCUUCUGUAGCACCAAGUUCAAAGCUCUUUACCUCUCCAAUUAUUUCCCGUUCUUGAUUAAAGGCACUCAGCUGCCGGUGGAUAGCUCAACAGAGAACACGGCGCAUCCUGUGUGUAAUACAGUCAUCUGA